CGAACAAUUACUAUACAAAUGUAUAUCUCAUACUCCUCCAUCUUAACUUUAACUUUAUUAGCCUUUACUGUAUCUGCCAAGAAAAAUAACCACAGUAACCGCAAGCAUAAUCCCAAGGGUAGAGCUUUCCAGCGCAUCCUUCAAGUUUGGUUCGAGAAUCAAGAUUUUGCUGAUGUUUCUGCUGUUCCUGGAUUUAAUGAUCUGGUUAAGGAAGGUAUCCUCUUGGAUAAUUUCAACGCUAUCACUCAUCCUUCCGAGCCUAACUAUGUUGCUGCUGGUGGCGGAUCCAAUUUUGGUAUCACCAAUGAUGACUACUAUAAUAUCCCUGCUAAUGUUAGUACCAUCUAUGAUCUGCUUGAAAACAAGGGGUUGGCUUGGAAGGUAUACCAAGAAGAUAUUCCUUCGGUUGGAUACACCGGUUAUAAAGCAGGACAAUAUGUUCGUAAGCAUAACCCUGCCAUUAUAUUUGAUUCGGUCGGAUUAAAUGCCACUCGUUUGCAAAACAUUGUUGGAGAUGAUCAAUUCCAAAAAGAUGUUGCCUCUGGUGAUCUUCCUGCUUGGAUGUUCUAUACUCCUAACAUGUUGAACGAUGGUCAUGAUACGAAUGCCUCUUAUGCUGGUAAUUGGCUUGCCGGUUUCUAUGAAAAGACCUUAAAAAGUAAUCCCAAUUUCCUUAAAGAAACCCUCGUAUUGAUCACCUUUGAUGAGAAUCAUUCUAAGAAGACCGCUAGAAACAGAGUCUGGUCUCUUCUCUUAGGCGCUGUCCCCAAAAAAUUAAAGGGCACCACGGAUUCUACUUUCUAUACUCACUACUCUACUCUCAAUUCGGUUGAGCGCAACUGGGAUCUCGGAAAUUUGGGUCGUGGUGAUACUAACAAGACUGAGUCAAACGUAUUUAAAUUUGCAGAGAAGGCUCUUCAUUAUAAGAAUAUUGACAUUUCUAUUGCCGAUGCACCUUGGAAUUUGGAAUUUCUUCCUGGUAUGAUGACUGGAAAGUCUUACAAUCAAACUCAUGCUGCUGUCUAAUGUGAUUAUGGCGGUGUUGCAACCUGGAUAAUGUGAAUUGGUGCUGCACAUGACAACAUAUUUUCUAUUAUACUCCCCCUUUUUUUUUAUUAAUUAAUAAAUAAUUAUCAGUUAUAUCUUA